CAUAGCAACGGCCUAGUGUGCUGCCUACAUAACUUGUACUCUAGUAUAGCACUUAUCACUUCUUCUCUUAUCGUGCUUUCUUUCGAAAUGAGCGUAUCCGUGAAACUACUUGUGGUCGGACCUCCAGAAGCUGGGAAAACUGCUGUCUCCAAUUUUCUAUCAGAUAUAUCUGAAAGUACAUCAGGCACAUAUCGACCUACUCAAGGUGUCAGAAUACUGGAGUUUCCUGUACAUAGUUUACGCAUUGGUGGCAGAAACGUUACAGCUGAAGUCGAGUUGUGGGAUUGUGCAGGAAGUCCGAGGUUUGAAUCUUGUUGGCCUGCAUUCUGGAAGGACACAGAUGGAGUAGUUGUCGUUUGUGAUCAACAGCAGGGCAACUAUGCAAAGCAAAUUGAACUGUGGUAUAGCCAGUUUGUUCAGCAGCAAGGAUUGAAGGAUCUACAAGCCAUGGUUAUUUUCAAUAGGAAAGAUUCUUCCGCAGGCAAUUUACGUCUCCAGUUGUCAUCUCGGUUAGCCAACGUGUCUCAAUUUGUCGCUAAUCUAGAAGAAGAUCCCGAUUCUCUUCGUACUGAAUUCAACCGCUUCCUGUGUAAUGUUCUUGGGGUUGUAGCUGAGAAGAGAGACCAACAAGAAUUGAGUAUUAUGAAUCAUUAGCUGCAGUAUAUGUAGAGUGUUGACGACUAAAUUGCUUUCUUUUGUAAAUAUACUGUAUGUCACUACAAAGUUUAUAUCACAACUAAUGUCAACAGACCAUAUUAUGCUAGUGUUUGCUAUACCAUAAACAGUGAAGACAAGGGUUUGGCUAGAUCCUAGGUUUGAUAAUCUUUGGUUAUACUAGCUGGUUAGUAUCAAGUUAUAAAUUAUCAAGUAGGUUG